GGGGUUUCCCGGGGCUCGCUCUCGGUUGGCCCGGGCGGUGGGGGAGGGGUUUCCCGGGGCUCGCUCUCGGUUGGCCCGAGCAGACCUCGCUGCUGGGACUCGCCCUACUGCACAACAACUCGCCGCAGUGACCUGCCCUGGGCAGGCGGUGCCAUGGAGCCCGAGACCCGCAGCAUCCAGAUUGAGUUCCCACACUAUGCUGCGGUGCUGCUGGAAUCGCUCAACAAGCACCGCUUGGAGGGCAAGUUCUGCGACAUCUCCAUCCACGUGCAGGGCCGGGUCUUCCAGGCUCACAAGAGUGUGCUGGCCGCCUCCUCGCCCUACUUCCAUGACAAGCUGCUCCUCAACGACACCAACUGCAUUGUGCUGCCCAGUGUCAUUGAGCCCGAGGCCUUUGAGAAUUUGCUACAGCUCAUCUACUCUGGCCGCCUCAAGCUGCUGAUGGAGGCACUGCCCAGUCACCUGCUGGUGGCCAGCGGACUGCAGAUGUGGCAGGUGGUGGACCAGUGCUCUGAGAUCCUUAAAGAGCUGGAGGGGGGCCCCUGCCGACCCUGGUCCAGCCGGGCAAGCGAGAGCCAGUCCCCCAGUAGCAGCAACUAUUUUGCUGUGAAGGAUGAUGGGGAGCCUGGGGGCAGCAGCUCAGAGGGGCCUGGGCAUGGUGGUGUGUCAUCAGGCCGGGCAGCACCAGGCUGCCUUGACAAUGAGGUGAUGAAGAUUCGGGUGUCACAGGAGGAAGAGGAGGAGGAAGAGGAGGAGGAGGAGCAUCAGGCCCAGAUCUGUAGCGGCUCAAUGGACAAGGCGGUGAAGAUUGUACUGGAGGAAGAUGAAGAGGGUGGUGGCAGAGGUGGCUCCAAGGGGCCGUCUUCAGGGGAGCUGGACAGUGCCUUCCAUGGCCCCCGUGACCACCCCAAGAUCUUCUACAUCAAGCAGGAGCGCUUUGACCCUGACGAGGCAGCAGUGGCAGCACUGGGAGGUGGUGUGAGUGCUGCAGGUGAGGCCAGCUUUCUCAAGUCGCUGGCACAGGGGCGGGCAUUGGGCAUGGCUGAGGUUCAGGGCCUGUGCCAGGCAGAGUUCCAGCCAAGCAGUGAAGUCAGUUACAUAAUCCCUGCUGCAGGCAGUGGUGCCACCUCCUCCUCCUCCAUCACUGCCCCUGGCUUCACCAUUAAGGCCCAGCCCCUCUCCUCCGAUGAGGCCGGCUUCCCCCAGAGCUCCUGGAAGCCAGUGGACCUACACGGCAAUGAGAUCAUUGCCCAUGCGGUGCAUGGCCAGGUGGUGCAUGCGCCUGUUAAAAUUGUGACGGCGCCGGAUGGAAAGAAGUUUGGCUGCCUUUGUGGCAAGCGCUUUGCCGUCAAGCCUAAGCGUGACCGGCACAUCAUGCUGACCUUCAGUUUGCGCCCCUUCGGCUGCUCCGUCUGCAACAAGAAGUUCAAGCUGAAACACCACCUGACGGAGCACAUGAAGACCCACGAUGGGAACCUGUAUUCAUGCGAGGACUGUGGGCGCAAGUUCCGUGUGCAGAACUGCUUCCUCAAGCACAAGGAGCUGUGCAAGGGCCAGGGCUGGGCCACUGCUUGCUGGACCUACAAAUAAAACCUGGGGUGGGACUGAGUGGAGGACUCCUGCCAGCCUUCUCUAGGCCUGAUCCAGCCCCUGAGCUCUGUUGCUCUGUAUCCUUGCGGAUCUGCCUUCCUGAGCUUGGUAACCUGCUCCAGGGCCCCGGGGACACCAAAACAUGAAGGGACACAAAUGGGAGUUGGGCAGACCAGGGGAUUUGGCCCCAGCAUGUUGGCUUCCCAUGCUGCUCCAUGGCUUAGGGUUUCUGACAUAUAGAACUUGCCAUGGGUCAAAGGAGGGGAGAUGGAGAAAGUGAGAGAGCCCCAGGCUAAUGUGGGAGCUCAGGGCAGGAGGAUGGAGCAAGAGGCUGAUGGGAACCUCAAGGCUGGGAAUUAACAGCCACAUUACAUACCUAUUCCCAACCUGGCCCUGCCCUCCUCUGAAAGGAUACCGCUCUGUUGUGGGUGGACUCACUGAGCUGAGUCUGGGCAGAGCUGUGUCACUGUUCCUGCCUCUGGGUUUAUAAGGCACACUCCCAGGUGUGGAUUCCAUGGCUGCCACCUUUCCUUGGGAUGUGGGAAUCUGCAGCCCAACCAUCCUAGCCACCAAAACCAGCACCUCAGCCUUCCCCAGCCCUCAGUUGCUUGUACACAUUCCCUCAGAAUCUGCCUUGCUGUGAGCAUUCAGGGCAGAUAACUAACCCCUUAGGGACAAUAAGGUAGGUAAGCAAAAAACACAGGCUCAGCAAAGUGAUUUCUUAACCACAACAGAGGGUCCUGUGGCACCUUUGAGACUAACAGAAGUACUGGGAGCAUAAGCUUUCGUGGGUCAGAACCUCACUUCUUCAGAUGCAAGUCUUCUUAACCACAGACACUUUACUCUUAAAGCAGUGGAGUGUUACAGAUCUGUGAAAACCACAGUCCUGAGCUGCCCUCCAGUCUGAUCUUACUCCUUCCGCGAGACUGAGUUCUGGUCAGUGUUCCAGACAUGGCCGAGUCCCUACUGCCUUCUUCCCAUCAAGCCUGGUCUUGUGGAGUGUGGCGGGGGCAGCCUGCCCUUCUCCGGGAGCACUCCCCUUAAACCUAGUCUCUGACCCUUUUGGACCAUACGCCCAGUCUAGGAUAUUCCAACCCCAUGCCCUGUGAGACCCAGUGAAGAAAACCAUUGGCUCCUGAACUAGGCCAGUCUUUGAAUCAUCCAAAGUUGAUGGGCCUUGAUGGUCCCGUCAUUGAUAGUCCUUCCCCUGGCAAGGCUGUGUCUGGAAUAGACUGGCUUUGUCCAAGUCAGGCAGGCUUUUCUACACAGUGCACAAAAUGAGAGAGAGGCACAUAAACAGAAAUCAAAGCCAAAUGCAGUUCACCAUUUGAUACAGACAUAACUCUCUUCUCUUGCAGCCACUGGCUGGGUCAGUAACCUGGAGGCUACCAAUCCCAGCACUGUGGCAGGCAUGGGCAGGAUGGGGAAAGCUCAGUGCGGGAGCCAUGGCCAUAUAACUCUAGUGGUUUUGCCCAGAUUUCCUGGUCCUGCAGGGAGGCUCCCACUGUCACGCCACCCUCAUUCAAACCAGGCCCAGCGUGAGCUCCCCCUCCUGCCAGAGCAGCUCAGCCACUCCAUUCCCAACCCCUUCAUUGUGCCGUGAGGCACAUCCCAGGCCUGGGGACUCAGUUUCCCCUGUGAGCCCAGCACAGGACUAGGGUGGGUUGAGGACAGGGGUAGAGGCUGGUGUGAAUGUGCUGUACACUAGAGAGUAUGGGUCUUUGCGCACCCUUCUAAUGACUGGUGCACAAAGCAGGUGGCAGAGUGACAUGUUCAGAGCAAGCGGUAGAGGUCAGUUUUGUGGAGCUGAAGUCCCUGAGUCACUUUCACCGUGACCCAUGUGGGGUGGGGUUGUCAGCCCCUCUGCAAUCCCCUUACCCUGCUUGAUUUCUCCCCCUAUCUUCUGGCUUCAGCAGCCUCACCCAUUCUUGUCCCUGGCUUCCUGCUAUGGGUGUGUUCCUUACUGGACUUGUUUUCUUUGUCCUCGUCUUCCCACCAGUUCCCUGCUGUGGUUCAUGCCCUUUCCCACUGGCAUCACUGGCCUGGGUGGGAAUCUCUUUCUUUGAAUAACACCUUGAGCCUUCUCACUCAGCCAAAGAGGGAAAGCCAUUCCCUUGUUUUUCAAGUGUAUGCACCUCCCUGGGUCCCCCUGCAUGGGCUGUGCACACACAACUCUUCACCGCAGCCUCUGCUAUUGGUGGUUAAGAACA